CAAUUUAAGGUUGUAACUGCUAUUCUAUUUACAUUUCACUAUGCAACAUGUUGUAAUUUUUGUUUUUUAUUAGAUGGAGAUAGAUACACAAAGCCGCCCGGAAGCCGUUUCUUAUUAUUACUCUUUUGCUUCCAUCGUCAGGUCAGUGACAGUCCGCUACGAACUUCCUGUUGACUUUUUUUUGUUUUGUUAUUUAACUUUUAAGGUUGACUUUUGCUAGGUCGAUACAACCCUAUGUUUGUUGUUUGUGCACUUGAGUCAAAAGUAACAUGAGAGGCAACAAACUGAGGCUAAUCUAAGGCUACUUAAAGGAAGCAAACCCAUCAUGGCGGCCGCCACAAGACUCAUAUCAAGGUUGACACUGGUCACUGGAGGAGGCAGUGGGAUCGGGCGGGCGGUGUGUCAGCGCCUCGCCUCUGAGGGCGCCUCUGUGGUGGUCGCUGACAUCAGCGAGGAGUCGGCCCAUGACACCCUGGGGAGCCUGCAGAGGGACCUCAGAGGGCAGGGUCACAUGGCGGCUGUGGUGGAUGUGUCUUCAAAAGAGAGUGUAAAGAAUCUUGUCACAAGAAUACAGACUCACUACUUUCAGCCUCCGUCAGUGUGUGUGAACGCAGCAGGCAUCACCCAGGACGACUUCCUGCUCAACAUGGACGAGGAUCAUUUUGACAAUGUCAUCCGGGUCAACCUGAAGGUACGCAGCCUGUACCGCAAAGCUAAUCGUAGAGGUUAGUGAGUUAACUCAUUU